CGGGGUCUGACCAUCCAGCACCGCCACAACAGCCGGGGGAGGAUUUCCAAACCCGUCGUAGCGAAGAUGGUGGCAAACCCAGGCGUGCGGAUGUUCCGUUCGCCCGGAUAACAGUGCGGUGCCGCCGCCGUAAGACCUCCCCGGAGAGGACGGGGGGAAAAAGCCAGCCUUCGCGAGAUAAAAGGCGGACGGAAGAGGAGACACACGCAUGCCAGAAGACACCAGAACCUUCCAGAACCGGAGCGGUGAUAAGAAGUCUUGCUUUUGGAUCUUUUUAACCAAGGAUAUAAGCGUUUCUCUAUUUUUUCCCCCCUUCGCCCAGGAAGGGAAAGCAAAGGGAGGAAGCAGAGCUCCAAAUAACCACACUGGGUCUCCAAGCGCAGGAAAUACGGCCUGGGGAAAAAAAAAAAAAGUUUGGGAUUUUUUUUUUUUUCAAACAAAAUGGGUGCUACGUUUGACGUUGUGCACGACUAGAUUGCAAAGUAGUUCAUUUCCCCCCCCCCCCCCACUUCCACGCGUUGCUGGAAUGCGAGCGCCUUAUAGCGUAUUAAGUGUUGUCAUGUUAAAUGCGGCGUUGUGCAAAUACUUUUAAUCAUCACUAUUUAUAGCGCAGCCUCCACCCGGGCUGUGCCUCCUAUCUCGCAUGUUUUGCUAACUGCGCGCAACAAGUUGCAGACACUCCCAGCCCAGGCAAAGCGACGCUAAUUUGGUAUUUUCGAAGCUUCUCUUUUUCCGAUUACGCUCUCGGAAUAGCACGCACCCCUCCCCGGUCCUCUUUGGACUGCAGAGGUGGGGGGGUUCAACGCCAGAGAUCCGGAGAGGGACUUCAGGAAAGGACGGGGCUGGAUCCGUGGGAAUAGGCCUGCCAGGGCCUCGUAUGUACGGGCUGGAUUCAGGUCUUGGACUACUAGACCCUGGAAGAUUAGAGGCUAAAGGUGGAAGGAGAGAAUGCAUGGACAUCCAAGUGUUCAGCACGCUGCAUGAGAAGGAAUGCACAAAGUGACCCAUCCACAUGAAUAUUUUAGUAGGCUGGAUUUAUAAUUGUUCUAUUUUCUAUUGAUAGAGCUGCAACAAUGGGGGUGUUUUUAAAAGUGCCAUUUGUUUAAGUUUUGCACACCAACUGUUGACAGCCCACAUCUGGAUGUGCUCACGCAAUGCAGCCUUGGACCUGACCGCUGCUUGACACGUAAUGGACGACCGUACAAAUCUCUGGAUUUUCUUUGGCUGCCUGAUUUUGUGACAUCCACGACAGGCCAUUUCCAGUUGUGUGACGUCUGGGGUGAGGAACACUGGCAUCACCAGCAAGUCACUUCCCAGAAGGAUGUUCGAUGCCGUAGGCAGGCAGAGCAGUGACAUUAGUCUUGCUGGUGAGAAACUCUGGUUUAAAUCCAGAUGCUUUUUUGCAGAGUGAUGCAUGUAAUGUGAGUGGUGACGCAAAUCCAGAGUCUCAUCAUGAGCAGCUCACUAAACUGGAACGGUGUGUCUGGUGUGCGUGAGUGUUCCAGCUACCUCGUGCGUAACAAAGACGUCUGCGUCUCGUGCGCUGUACUAUCAGUGUGAUUAUUCCCGCAAACGCUUGGCUCCCAUCCAUCCACCUCGGUGGUGCCACAUGUGAACACGCGGCGCCCACGCACCACAUCUAAUUGCCCGAGCGCCAUCAGAAGCUAUUAAUAUUUAACUUCGCUCUCACACCCCUCCUCUGCAGCGUCUAUAUGGCCACGCUGCAAGAUCACCGGCAGCUUCUCAUGCACGGCACAGAGGUGAGCUGCAAUUCCAGCGGGGAUGGUGCUGUGACUGUGCAGAUUGCCAACAGCAUGCGGCAUGAGCCGGCCAGGGCCGGCGUCGGGGGAGGGACUAAAGGCUGCGAGGAUGGGAGUAAAGUGAACCUUAACCUCCACAAAUACAGUAUUUCCUCCAGCUGCAGCUCUGCAGACUCCAGACUUGGUAUGACCUCCACAACAAGGGUCCACAGGAAGGCGCCACCACUUUUUGAACGCUCCGCUGCACAGUGCUGGGACCCCAAGUUUGACUCCCCCAUCCUGGAGGAGGCGUGCCAGGAGAGGUGCUUUCCUCAGACUCAGCGGCGCUUUCGAUAUGUCCUGUUCUACCUGGCGGUGGCAGCUGUGCUUUGGGCAGUGUACUUUGGUAUCAAUAGUGACCGCUGCCAACCAAUGAAUUUCUUAGCCCCCACGGCCUUCUUUUUGGUCCUUUUAGCACUCCUCUUCUUGUUCACCUUAACCCGCUACUACUCACAGCUGUACAACCAAACCUCCUUGUUCCUGAUCGCGGUCACCUUCGCCAUCACAUUGGCCCCCCAGAUACAGACUGCAGGCUUCACUGAGUUGGAGUGGGCUCACCUUGUAAAUGCAUCCUACCACUUUUCAGGCGCACCCCCGUCGCCUUGCAUCUCCCCAGUGGCAACUUUUUCUCUCUGCAUUGAGGUCCUUUUAUUGUUAUACAGUGUCCUCCAUGUGCGUCUAUAUGCCUCAGUGAUGCUGGGCUUUUUAUACUCGAUAUUAUUUGAGGCAUUAGGGUGGCUACCGUUGCUUCACAGAAGCCAUGAUUCGACUGAAUGGGGGACAGAUUUGGGGAGCUCCAGCUGGGAAAGGGACACCCUCCAGUGGCUCGGUCCAGCCAAAGCGCUGCUCCACUUGUGUGCCCACGUCAUCGGCAUCCACUUGUUCAUCAUGUCAGAGGUGCGUUCCCGCAGCACUUUCCUCAAAGUGGGGCAGGCCAUCAUGCAUGGCAAGGACUUGGAGGUAGAGAAGGCCCUGAAAGAGCGUAUGAUCCACUCGGUCAUGCCUCGACGUGUUGCAGACGAGCUUAUGAAGCAGGGUGACGACGAGGGCGUAGGGAGUGACAACUGUAGCAAGCGAUAUUCUUCUGGUGCAUGUUCUGCCUCAGCUGUCUCUGUGGGCGGUGGAGGAGGUGUUUGUAGAGCUUCGCCAUCCCAAAGUGCCACCAGUCCCAAGAACCACCCUUAUAACAACCACAAACGCAAGAAGACCUCCAUCCCACGGGGCCAGAUAAUAUUUCGACCUUUCAACAUGAAACGUAUGGAACCUGUUAGCAUCCUCUUUGCCGACAUUGUGGGCUUCACCAAAAUGUCAGCCAAUAAGUCAGCACCAGCCUUGGUCGGUCUUCUAAAUGAUCUCUUUGGACGCUUUGACCGUCUCUGUGAACUGACCUGUUGUGAGAAGAUCAGCACACUGGGUGAUUGUUAUUACUGUGUAGCAGGCUGCCCUGAGCCCAGACCGGACCAUGCCUACUGCUGCGUGGAAAUGGGUCUAGGCAUGAUCCAGGCCAUCGAACAGUUCUGCCAGGAGACAUGUGAGACCGUCAGCAUGCGCGUUGGUGUCCACACUGGCACCGUGCUGUGCGGUAUUCUAGGAAUGAAGCGCUUCAAGUUUGAUGUUUGGUCAAAUGAUGUCAAUCUGGCCAACUUGAUGGAGCAGCUAGGCGUGGCGGGCAAGGUCCACCUGUCAGAAGCCACCGCUCAAUUCCUGGAUGACCGUUACCAGCGGGAGGAUGGCCGAGUGCUGCAGAGAGCCGGCGAGAGUGUGGUGGAGAAGCUGAAGGGGUUAAAAACCUACCUGAUCUCAGGACGGAAAUGGGGCCACGACACACAGUGUGGCUGUUCUCAACUGGGAGGUGACUUUGUAGGGAUGCCCUCCUGUACUCCGAGCCAUACCCCGGACAUCAUCCUUGGGGGAGGCCAAGCUGCUGAGCCUUUGCUGCCCAACCAACCACCAGAUAGGACUGGGCCUCCUUUUGCGUCCCGCAGUGAGGUCAUGGCUUCAGCGACAGAGCAGGGCGAUGAGGUGGCAGUGCUAAACGGCUGCCAGGAUGAGCACAAGACGAGCAGUGCCAAGUUCCUUCCCAGUAAUCCCCUCAGGAUGGCCAACGGUCUCCUCUCCCCCCCACUGGAGGACGCAGUGCGGGCAAGCCAGAGCUCUCUGUGUGACAUGCUACAGGAGAAAGAGAAGAAGACGAGCACCAGCACAAUGACCGGCACCAGUAUGGGCAUGGCUGUUGGCACCGGACCAGCGGGUACUGGCAUGGAACACUCCGCCCUUAUUCAGUUGCGUGCAAAGAACUUUCGAGAAAAGAGUGACGCUCACUUUGUGGAUGUAAUCAGAGAGGACAGUCUGAUGAAGGAUUAUUUUUUCAAACCACCCAUCAACAAGAUCAGCCUCACCUUCUUAGAGAGACCUUUGGAAAAAGCCUAUCGCAGCAGCUACAAAGAUGAGGUGAAAAACCAGGUUCAGGAGCAGACCUUUGCAAGCUGCACAUUCAGCUCCUUCCUUGAUGUUCUGCUCAGCUGUUUUGUCUUCUUGGCCCUAACCCUGGCAUGUUUCCUCCCCCCACUGGUGAGCUCAGCCACUGUGGGCCCUCCAGCUUCUGCAGCACUGGCUGUGGCUCCUCUGGCUGGUUUGUUGGAGUUGGCCUCCUUGGUGCUCUCAAUACGCAUGGCCUUCUAUUUGGAGGAAGUGAUGAACUGUACCCGCUCUCUACUCCUGGUGGUAUCCGGCUGGGUGGCUCGUCAUGUGAUCGGGGCCGUGUUGGUCUCCUUACCAGCCAUCUCGGUCUUGUCCCACCUUACGUUCGGUGUCCAGCUACCUCUUCAGCUGACUAUGUUCUUGUGUUGUGCCACCAUCCUUGCCAUCAUUCAGUACUGUAACUUCUGCCAGCUAAGUUUUUGGAUGCGCUCAGUGCUGGCCACUGCUACUGGGGUCACCUUGUUGCUAUUGCUUCACCGCACCUUGCACAGCUCAAGUAAUAACAGCUUGCCAGUUCAUGGAUUGAACAUCUCCACAUUAAGUGGGGACGGUUCACCCGGCGCUGAUGUUCCUCCGCGACCUCACGAUCUUCUGGUGCCAGAGGCAGUCCUUGCCUUCUUUCUGCUUCUUCUCCUGGUCUGGUUUCUCAACCGCGAGUUUGAGGUCAGCUACCGUCUACAUUACCAUGGCAACGUGGAGGCUGACAAGCACCGCUCCAACAUCCAGACGAUGCGGGACCAAGCGGAGUGGUUACUGGGCAACAUAAUCCCCAUCCAUGUUGCUGACCAACUCAAGGUGACACAGAGCUACUCCAAAAACCACGACAGCGUGGGCGUGAUCUUCGCCAGUAUUGUAAACUUCAGUGAGUUCUAUGAAGAGAGCUACGAGGGAGGCAAAGAAUGCUACCGGGUCCUCAAUGAGCUCAUCGGUGACUUCGAUGAGCUCCUACGAAAACCCGAAUUCAAAAGCGUGGAAAAAAUCAAGACAAUCGGCGCCACCUACAUGGCGGCAUCUGGGCUGAACGUUCGGCAGUUGGCGGAGAACGAAGAGGACUCUCCGCAUGCUCACCUGAGGGCGCUGUUCAACUUCGCCCUGGAGAUGAUGGGCGUGCUGGACGACUUCAACAAGAACAUGCUGGGCUUUGGUUUCAAGCUCCGCAUCGGAUUCAACCACGGGCCGCUGACGGCCGGGGUGAUUGGCACCACUAAGCUGCUCUACGACAUCUGGGGGGACACGGUCAACAUUGCCAGCCGCAUGGACUCCACGGGCGUGGAGUGUCGGGUGCAGGUGAGCGAAGAAAGCCACGCUGUGCUCAGCGCCAUGGGCUUGAAGUUUGAUUAUAGAGGUACUGUGAAUGUGAAGGGCAAAGGCCAAAUGAGGACCUUUCUGUAUCCUAAAAAUGGGGAAUGUAUGUGCCAAGAUCAAACGGAGGGGAACGCCAGAGUCGGAACACCUUCAUCUCCAUCCACAGUCCCUCCUCAUCUACAGAGUGCAGUGAGGCCCAAGAUAGUCGCAGCUCCAUCCACAGAGGCCAGGAAAGAAGGAUAUAGGGACGCUGGGCAGUACUCCACCAAAGACUAUCACUUCCCUUCCACCUCCUCGGAUAUUGUGUCACUACCCAGAGGUGCACAGUCCCCUGCACUUGAAGAGAACAAUAUGGAGGAGGAGGCUGAUGAGCUGACGACAUUCAAUGAGGAAUUCUAUGCCCGUCUCUGAUCAAACCUGACCUCUGUACCCCCUCCUGCUUACCUGAGCUGCUAACACUCCAGAGCAGGAUGUCGCCUCCUCUUGGCAAGUUUUGACGAGGAAUAUGGUUGAGGUCGAAGAGGAAAAAAAAACCUCAACGCUACUGGCGUGGUUUAUUGGAAUGAAGUGUUGCAAUGGGCGGAGCCUGUGUUGAACACAGGAGUAAAGAAGGAAGCAAGGGGGAAGGUGUUCAUGUUUUGUAUUAUUCACUUUGUUAUUAAGUGCCUUCAGGACUAGAACAGAACAAAUAUGAAUACCGAACAAAGUUUGAGCAAUC